CGUGAUCCUAUCUGAGCCUUGCGAAAAGCUUUACCAUCUGAACUAGACGUCGUGUGCGCUGCUCUUCAUGUGGCGGUCAAACGAAUGUUAAAAAAAAACUGAUAUAUGCGUGCAAAUACAGCCGGGACAUGAAGGUUUCUCUGUUAGCUGAUCUCUCCGAAGAACACAAUUCAACCUGUGGAUAGUGUGGAGCGCGUCUGUGGCCACCGGUCAGUCUCCAGCUAUUUGGGACGCUCUGCCUCCAGCCUGCUGUGCGCGUCUUUUACCGUUGGCUCCGGUCUGUGUCGGCGUGGGAUCCGGUGUUCCGUUUGACCUAAGCUGUGAGCAGGUAUUCAGUUUAUGAAUGGCCCUGACAUGGAGGAAAUACCGUUUCAGAAAGUCAAAACCAGGCGGAAGAGAAGUCACUGUCCAACGGGCGUCCCUUUGACCACCAUCGCGUGUGAGGACGAGUUCGACUGCAAGGAGCUCGAGUCCCUCUUCCAGAACUAUAACCUGAAGCUGGAGCAGACGUCCACUCUCAAAGCCCUGGCCGUCCUCAUCUUCAUGUCCUCGACACUGGCCGUGGUGGAGUUGCUGUCCGGCCCCAGCCUCACCAUCUCCAAAGGGUCCCAUCCAGUCCACUGUGUCAUCUUCGUCUCCCUGUUCAUCGUAACCAAUGUCAAGUACCUGCAAGUGACUCAGCUACAACAGAUUGUUAACCUGACGCUACUCUUCGGCUUCACGUUCUCUUUCCUCUGCUGUCCCUUCUCGCUGGGUGCGAUGGGGAUGGAGCCCCCGACGUCCCCGGAGCAAGGCGUGUGGCAGCUCAUCCUGGUCACCUUCGUCGCCUAUGCGCUCCUACCUGUGCGGACACUCUUGGCGGUUGUGCUUGGAAUAAUGGUCUCCAUCUCGCAUUUGAUUGUGACUGCCACUUCUGUCACAGCGAAAACACAGAAACUAUGGAGAACGUUGGUUGCCAACACAGUGAUGUUCACCAGUGUCAACCUGUCAGGACUGUUUGUGCGCAUCCUGACAGAACGAGCCCAGAGGAAGGCCUUCCUGCAGGCUCGCAACUGCAUCGAAGAGAGACUCCGGAUGGAGGAUGAGAAUGAGAAACAGGAGCGCCUGCUAAUGAGUCUGUUGCCCAGGAACGUAGCUAUGGAGAUGAAAGAGGAUUUCCUGAAGCCCCCAGAAAGGAUCUUUCACAAAAUCUACAUCCAGCGCCAUGACAAUGUCAGCAUCCUGUUUGCAGAUAUAGUCGGUUUCACCAGCCUGGCUUCGCAGUGCACAGCCCAGGAACUGGUUAAACUGCUAAAUGAGCUGUUUGGAAAGUUUGAUGAGCUUGCCACGGAGAACCACUGCCGCAGGAUCAAGAUCCUGGGGGAUUGUUACUACUGUGUGUCUGGACUGACCCAACCCAAGACUGACCACGCCCACUGCUGUGUAGAGAUGGGUCUCGACAUGAUUGACACCAUAACGUCAGUAGCGGAGGCCACAGAAGUCAACCUAAACAUGCGUGUGGGCUUGCAUACAGGUCGGGUGCUGUGUGGAGUGCUCGGCCUCAGGAAAUGGCAAUAUGAUGUGUGGUCCAAUGAUGUGACCCUAGCCAAUGUGAUGGAGGCUGGAGGACUACCUGGGAAAGUCCACAUCACCAAAUCUACGCUGGAGUGCCUAAAUGGAGAUUAUGAAGUGGAGCCUGGAAACGGCCACGAAAGGAACGCCUUCCUCCUAAAACAUGAAAUUGAAACCUUCUUUAUAGUGCCAUCUCACCGACGGAAGCGGAGGGCCAUGCGGACGGCUCCACAGAAGCUGAGGAAUCGUUCCAACACAAACCAGGCUAAUGUGGUCCAGAGCAGCCCCAGAACCCGGGUCAACCGUUACAUCGGUCGACUAAUCGAGGCCCGCCAGACCGAGUCAGACACAGCGGACCUCAAUUUCCUCACACUUAUGUAUAAGUGCUCUGAGCGCGAGCAGAGGUACCACCAGGUUCCUGAUGAGUACUUCACCAGCGCAGUGGUCCUCUCUCUGAUCCUAGCUGCCUUGUUUGGCCUUGUCUAUCUUCUCAUCAUACCACAGGGCACAGUGGUACUUGUCCUUCUCGUCUUCUGCAUCUGUUUCCUAGUAGCUUGUAUCAUGUACUUGCAUAUCACUAGAGUGCAGUGUUUUCCAGGGUGCCUGACCAUUCAGAUUCGCACUGCUCUCUGUAUUCUCAUAGUGCUCUUAAUUUACGCCGUGGCCCAGACCUGUGUGGUGGGCUGUAUGCCCUGGUUGUGGGGUAGUGCCAACAUCAACACCAACAGCUCCAUCGUCAUCAUUGAUAUGGACAGCGGCGCCAACCACACCAUGGCGGAGCUGCCUUGUGACGGUGCCGGCUACGCCUUUCUGUCCUGUGUGUUGUGCACACUCACCCUGGCACUUUUCUUGCGGGUCUUCUGGCUGCCUAAGAUGGUGCUAAUGCUCCUUUUGGGGGUGCUGUAUGUCACCGUGUUGGAACUCAGUGGUUUUCGCAAGACUGCAGGUGGGGGGUCUUUCCACAUCCAAGGCUAUGAGCCCAUCCUGUCUCUGUUGCUCUUUGUCAGUGCCCUGGCCCUCCACUCCAGACAACUUGACCUCAAGCUACGCUUGGACUUCUUAUGGGCUGUGCAGGCGGAAGAGGAUAGAGAUGGCAUGGAGAAAGUGAAGCUGGACAACAGGAGGAUUCUCUUCAAUCUUCUGCCCGCGCACGUGGCUCAACACUUCCUAUUGUCGAACCCAAGGAACAUGGUGAGCCUCGCUUAUAGACAGGCAGACAGAAAAACAGACAAACAGGAUCUAUACUAUCAGUCCUACGCACAAGUUGGUGUCCUGUUUGCCUCGAUCCCAAACUUCAAUGAUUUCUACAUUGAGCUGGAUGGCAACAACAUGGGAGUGGAGUGCCUGAGACUACUGAAUGAGAUCAUCGCUGAUUUUGAUGAGCUCAUGGAUAAGGAGUGCUACAAAGACAUAGAGAAAAUCAAAACCAUUGGCAGUACAUACAUGGCAGCUGUGGGCCUUGUUCCCACCGUUGGUACCAAGGCCAAGCAAUCUGUUUACGACCAUCUGAGCACAAUAGCAGACUACGCCAUUGAGAUGUUUGACGUUUUGGAUGAAAUCAACUAUCAGUCAUACAAUGAGUUUGUGUUGAGAGUGGGUAUCAAUGUGGGUCCAGUAGUUGCGGGGGUGAUUGGGGCGCGGCGACCUCAAUAUGACAUCUGGGGGAACACAGUCAAUGUGGCCAGCAGGAUGGACAGCACGGGAGUACCGGGAAAGAUACAGGUGACCGAAGACGUCUAUCGCCUGCUGAGUACCAACUACGACCUGGUGUGCCGGGGCAAAGUCAGUGUCAAGGGUAAAGGUGAGAUGCUGACCUACUUCCUGGAAGGCAAGGUUCAGGGUGUGGGCACCAUAAUCACUUCUUCAGUGGUGCGUUCCGCCAGCCUGGCGCGCAGAAUCCACUCCUGUGGCAAGACGAGCGUCCCGACCAAUCUGGGCAGCAACACGCAGAUGAACACUGCCAACAGCAGCAACAGCCAAGUGACAUGCCUGCCCUCAUCCUGCGUGCCCUCAGUGAGUAAAGAGGAUGCGGAGGCCAUAGAGGUGACACAGAUUGAGAUUGAGGCUGUGGCAGAUGUGGCAGUGUAGGAAUAAAGACAAGACUACAAACUUCACUGAAAAAAGGAAAGGAAAUCCUGGUUGGAGGCCGUGAGAAGACAGGGCUGUCCAGGUGUUUCCUAUAAAUCCUGAGCUACUGGCACAACCCAGAAGAUGCUCAUUCAGGAUAUGAACUUCCGGAGAAAUGACAUGGUGAUACGGAUCCUGUUAGGGAUUUUGAACUGCUUGCCACUAUUGGAAAACAAAAGUGGAGUGAAGAAGAAAAAUACCCAGACUCUCAAAUCCUUUUUUAACAUCUCUAUAACAGAUGAUUAGAUUUGUGGUGUUCCUGGGUUCCCUCAGAUCCAGGUAUAACGUGCAUCUUUGUUUUCUAUGUAGUACACAUUCCAUGUACAAGAGAUAUGUGCAUUGAUAUCCAGAAAAAAGACUGAUCAUGCUAUUGCUUUUGCACUGUCUUUCUGAUUAUGCCAAGGAUACAUUGCAUUAUUUACAGUGUAAAAUGGUGUUGUUUCUUUUUGGUGUGUGUAAGCAUGCAUGUGUGUACUUGUGAGUGUGUGUAUGCAUGUGUGUUUAAUUCUGAAUUGUAACGAAACAGCACAGAGUACUUUUUAUACUCAGAGCUUACUGGAUGAAAUAGGCUUUUUUACAGUUAUAUAUUACAUAUUUACAGUUAAUAGUGCAUGACUUUUUAAGAGUUGACAGCCAUAGUAACGGUACUCCUGUUGAAAGAAAACCAAAGUAUUAAGCUUUCCAUAGAUCUUUAGUGUUACUGCUUAUAUUGCCUCAACAUAGCCUACAAGAGAAAAGAGACAAUGUUGCAGUAGGGUGAACAUAUUUGUCAUAUGGGACGCUUUCAGAUGUCAUCAGUAGACUUAAAAAGUGUCUUUUUGAACUCCGGAGAGUAGAAAUAAGGUUUCCCGAAUAUCUUUUAUAUCUUUUGCCCUGAUUCACAAUAGUUUAAUGUAAUGCGUGCGGCGUAUGUUAAGUCUACACACAGAGUGGUGGCUUUAACAGAGUGUCAUUGUCGACCGAUUCUACAGGGUUGAAUGUGUGCUGCUAUGGAAACUAGUCAAUGCCAAAACUGGACCAGUCACAAGGUACAAUCAACAUCACAUAGAGGACCAAUACACCCCUAUGUAUGGUGCAAACAUAUAUGUAGAUGUCCAGGAAGGCAUUCAUCCACACAGAAGAGAGCACAUACAUUGCUUAAGCACAUACAAUAAGCACAAAACUUCUACAAAUGCACGACCUAGUCCCUUAGCCCAAGCCUUGCAAAAGCUCCAUGUACAUUAGCGCAUUUUUAUCGAGAUCACAUAAACUCUGGUGCAGUGUCUAGCUACUGUCGUCUUUCAGGCAUACAUUACUGUACUCUAGCUUCUUCGCUAUAUUUAUGCUACAUUUUGAGUUUUCUUUAAAAAACUAUAAGCUUUAGCACGUCUCUCAGAUCCAGUCUCAGAAAUGCUAGGCACAUCAGAUAUCUUUGUAGCCCAAAUCUUUAUCAGCGUUGAACUUUCACUUGAUCUGCAAAAGUGUAAAUAAAUCAUUUUUCAAGUUGUUUGCCUUACUCAAUAAGCUUACAGUGAUUGCAACCUGCCUUUUUAUAUAUAUUUACUUUGAUAUGCAGAUCAUACUUUUUGUAAAUAGCCAAAAGCUGUACAGUAUGUUGUAUCUUGUACAGUGUAAAGUUGGGUUAUUGAAUAUUUUGUAAUAAAGACAAUAUUGGUGUAUAAA